UUAAACACACAGUGAAUAAAAAAAUGGGUGAGGAAGAGGAAGUGAGCAACACACAAAUAAUAUUCAAUGGUUACAUAGAUGGAUUUCCGACAGAAUCAGCAAUGACAGUGAAAGCCUCCACUAUCAAACUCAAGGUGCCCAACAGCUGCAGCGACGCCGUUUUGGUGAAGACUCUCUACUUAUCCUGCGACCCUUACAUGCGCAGCCGCAUGAGCAAAAUCGACGACAACUAUAUUCCCAUUUUUACACCUGGCUUGCCAAUACUAGGAAAUGGAGUGGCCAAAGUAGUGGAUUCUUCAAAUCCCAACUACAAGAAAGGUGAGUUGAUUUGUGGAAUGUUUGGAUGGGAAGAAUACAGUCUUGUGAAAUCCACCGACAUUCUUUUAAAGAUUGAGCACACAGAUGUUCCUCUCUCCUACUACACUGGACUUGUUGGGUGGGCUGGAAUAUCUGCUUAUAUUGGUAUGUAUGAAAUAUCAUGUCCAAAAAAGGGAGAAAGUGUAUUCAUUUCUGCUGCUUCUGGGGCUGUUGGUCAGCUUGCUGGUCAGUUUGCUAAGCUCUUGGGCUGCUAUGUUGUUGGAAGUGCUGGAUCAAAAGAAAAGGUGGAUCUUUUGAAGAACAAAUUCGGGUUGGAUGAUGCAUUUAAUUAUAAAGAGGAAACUGAUCUAAAUGCAGCCUUAAAGAGGUAUUUCCCACAAGGGAUCGACAUGUACUUCGAUAACGUGGGAGGGGAGAUGCUCGAUGUUGUGCUUUUGAACAUGAAUCUCAAUGGUCGAAUCAUAGCAUGUGGAAUGAUCUCACAGUACAACCUUAAAGAGCCACAAGGUGUCCGAAACUUGUUCAAAGUUGUGACAAAACAAAUCCGAAUGCAAGGGUUUUUUGCUCCUAGCUACGUGCAUCUCUUUCCGAAGUUUCUCGAUUUUGUGAUUCCCCUAGUUAGGGAAGGAAAGAUAGCAUAUGUCGAAGACAUCGCCCAAGGGCUUGAGAGAGCGCCGGCUGCCUUGAUAGGACUCUUCUCUGGCCGCAACCUUGGCAAGCAGCUUGUGUGCGUUGCGUCCGAGUAGAUCUCCCCUUCGCAUACAAGUCCUUGUCUUUUUUUUACCAUUGUGACACACAUUUAUUAUCAUUAACGUUUGGACUACUAUUCUCAAAGUCUAAUUUUAAUAAUAAAUCACAAUCUUGAUUUUAUGUCCA